CGUGUGCGCUUGUGCAGGUUUAUUCUAUUCCAGGGACGAGUGUUAUUAUAAGGCCUAGAAUUUAAUGCACCUGCAUUGAGCGAAAUACUACUUAUUGUACUGAAUUAUAUAUUGUAACACAUGCUCAUUUGACGUGUUACUGGCAAAUAACACAAUCCGGAUAAAAAUGGCUGAAUUACCGAUGGGGAAAGGGGUCUCCGCAGGAAAGAUAGCAAGCAAUGUACAGAAAAAAAUUACCAGGGCUCAGGAAAAGGUUCUUCAAAAGCUUGGCAAGGCAGACGAGACUAAAGAUCUGGCAUUUGAAGAGGGUGUGAUCAACUUCAACAAACAGCUGGUUGAGGGUACCAAACUGCAGAAAGACCUUCGGGCCUAUUUGGCUGCUGUGAAAGCCAUGCAUGAGUCUUCUAAACAUCUGUACGAGUGCCUGGAUGACAUGUAUGAGUCAGACUGGUAUGGCAGAAAGGAUGUGGACUCUCUCUUUGAGGAUUCAGACAUCCUUUGGACAGACUUCCAUCAGAAACUUGUGGAUCAUGCGCUUAUAUCCAUGGACACUUACCUGGGCCAGUUUCCUGACAUCAAAGUCCGUAUUGCAAAGCGUGACAGGAAGCUGGUGGACUAUGACAGUGCACGACACAACUAUGCUGCGGUAAACAAAGGCAAGAAAAAGGAGGGGAUCAAGAUCACCAAGCCAGCUUCCCUGCUGGAGAGGGCCACCCCAGGCUGGGCACAGGGGAUCCUGUCUGCCCAUAACGUGGCUCAAACCAACCUCACCAGGAGUCAGGCAGAGGAAGAGUUGGAGAGGGCGCAGAAAGUGUUUGAGGAGAUUAAUAUAGAUUUGCAAGAGGAACUGCCAUCUCUGUGGAACAGUCGUGUUGGCUUUUAUGUGAAUACAUUCCAGAGUAUGGCUGGUCUGGAGGAGAAGUUUCACAGAGAAAUGGGAAAAAUUAAUCAGAAUCUGAAUGAUACGCUGGAGAAAUUAGAAAAUCAAGAUGUGUCCAGAAAAACAGGUAGCCAAGGGGUGAGGACAUCAACAGCCCAGAAGAGUGACAGAACACAAGAUGCCAAUCACACGUUGAGCCCAGGAGGACCGCCAGCCAUUCCCAAAUCUCCAUCCAAGUUAAAGCCUGCGGUUCCUCCACCUCCUAAAGUUACUCCAUCAAAGGAUAUGAAGCAGGAGAACAUUAUCAAUCUGUUUGGUGAGGCUGCCACUCCAAACAUCAGUGUCACUUCGCCAACACAGUAUGAUGCUCCAGCCACUGCUAAUCUGCUGGAUAUGGAUCUGGACUCACUUCAGGCUGCCACCACACCAGCUGCACAGACUUGGGAUUCAUGGGAGCAAUCACAGAAUGAAGCUGAGGUGCCUCAGACAUGGGACGAUGAUGAUACCCAGCCUGUGCACUCUGGCUGGGGUGAUGAUGGUACCCAGGCUACCUGGGAUGAUGACGGUAGCCAACCUGUGCGUGCUCCGGCCGCAUUCCCCAGCUGGGAUGAUGAUGGCUCUCAGCCUGUGCAGGGGAAUGUCAAUGAUUCUACCCAACAGGCCCAGGGGUGUGACGAUGAUGGGGCUCAGGCCACAGAAAAGGCAGCUGUUACAGAAGAGGCGGUAGCUGAAACUGAAACUGCACAGGAAUGCACUGAGAGCACAGAGAGUGUAGAGAUGCCAGAAUCCUUCCUAUUUAAAGUGAAAACAGUGCAUGACUACAAUGCUACUGACUCCGAUGAGUUAGAGUUGAAGGCAGGAGAUGUGGUGCUGGUAGUGAGCUAUGGAAACCCAGAAGAGCAGGAUGAAGGGUGGCUGAUGGGAGUCAGAGAGUCCGACUGGAGUCAGAAUAAAGAUCUUGGGAAAAAAGGAGUCUUUCCUGAAAACUUCACCCAGAGGAUGUGAGAGCCUGUGAUCCGCUUGAUCUGUUGUUAACCCUUCUAUAUAACUCCUUAUUGCUUCCCUUAAUAAAGCAGACAAGAAACACUGUACUAGACCAACACAUGCACAGCCACAGGCAAUCUGCUGGUUAUGUUUGUGAAAGUUGUUGACAGGUCAGUAUUUGCAUUGUUUUGGGUGUCAUCACUGUGACUCAUAUUUGUCAUGGUGCAAGUAUAAGAAGAUUGGAUCAACCUUUGACAAAAUAAAUGAUAUUCUGUUAACUAUUAACAUACCCAGAGUAAGUCCUUGCUGUAAAUGUUUUUAGACUAGCUACUCUUAACCAAGUCCCAUUUUGUGUGGAAAUGUUUUAAAGUCAUAUCCCAAAUGAGCUCACGAGUCUCUAUAGUCUAAUAGUGAGCACUACUUGAGCUGCAUGAUCUAUAUAGUUAUGUCACAGUCGGAAGCAAACAGUAUUUAUUUUUAAAAAAGUGAAUAAUAUUCCUCUCUCAAUGCUGGAAUACACUACACGACUUUUAAAAUCUGAACAGAUUUUAAAACACUAGGCAUUAUACACUUGCAGACUUUGUGAAUGGUUACAGAGGAAAAACUGGGCAUCAAACACUGAAUGACUGAGAAUCACACACUGUCAGACUUUCAAUUUGUUCCAAAGGCAACAAACUCAUUGUUUCUAGAAGAUGCAUGACAAAU